UUCAGCGCGUCGUAGACAGCAUAGGACCCCGUCGCGCUCGCGUCCCUCUGGUCCUUGAGCCGGCGCGGACAGCGGAGCAAUGGCCUUGAGACUGCUGAGACUUGUCCCGUCGUCGGCGUCCGCGCGCGGCCUCGCGGCGGGAGCCCAGCGCGUGGGACAAAUUCACACCAGUGUGGAUUGCAAGCUGAGGUAUGGGCUUUUGGCCUUCAUUCUUGGUGAUAAGACAACCAAAAAACUGAAUGAGUACAGCCGAGUGAUCACAGUGGAUGGGAACAUAUGCUCUGGGAAAAGCAAGCUCGCCAAGGAAAUCGCAGAGAAACUAGGCAUGAGGCACUUUCCAGAAGCCGGCAUCCACUACUCAAGCAGCACCACAGGUGACGGAAAGCCCCUCGACACGGAAUUUGAUGGCAGCUGUAGCCUAGAGAAAUUUUAUGAUAAUCCAACAAGCAACGAUGGCAACAGCUACCGCCUGCAGUCCUGGCUGUAUGCCAACCGCCUCCUGCAGUACUCAGAUGCCUUGGAGCACCUGUUGAGCACAGGACAAGGUGUAGUCUUGGAGCGCUCCAUCUACAGUGACUUCGUCUUCUUGGAGGCAAUGUACAACCAAGGCUUCAUCCGGAAACAGUGUGUGGACCACUACAAUGAGAUUAAGCGGCUCACUCUCCCAGAGUACCUGCCACCCCAUGCAGUCAUCUAUGUUGAUGUGCCUGUGCCAGAGAUACAGAGCCGGAUCCAGAAGAAAGGAGAUCCUCAUGAAAUGAAGGUCACCUCCGCCUAUCUCCAGGACAUUGAGAAUGCCUACAAGAAAACCUUCCUCCCACAGAUGAGUGAGAUGUGUGAGGUUUUGGCGUACAGUGCCUGGGAAGCUGAAGACUCAACCAAGGUGGUAGAGGACAUUGAAUACCUCAACUACAACAAAGGGCCUUGGCUUAAACAGGAUGAUGAUACCUUCCACAAACUGCGGAUGCUGGUUCAGGAUAAGUUGAGCGUGCUGAAUUACACGACAGUUCCUAUCUACCUCCCAGAAAUCACUAUUGGAGCUCACCAGGGUACCCGGAUCUACAAUAGCUUCAGAGAGCUACCAGGCCGCAAGUAUGCCCCUGGAUUCAAUGCCGAGGUGGGUGACAAGUGGAUCUGGCUGAAGUGAAUGGUCCCCUCUGCCUAGGUAUGUCACAGCCAUGAAGAUGUCUGCUCUACCCAACUCUAUGAACUCCUGAGCUUUUAAAACAAGACAACAGAAAAAAAGGAAAUGAUCAAGAAGUUGCCAGAAGAAAUGAUCUAAUAAAAGCAGUCUACCCUGUGCUUAGUCAGGGUUGAAAAAAAUCAACUUCCACUGAAAAGGUUCUGGAACCUUCUAAUUUUAUUUUGCAAUCACCUGGGGAAAAAGCAAAGCAAAGCAAAGCUGGUCUGCUCUGAAAGACCAGCUACCAUUGGAAGCCCUGUGUCCCAGUGCUGUUUCCUGAGUCCUCUCAACUUCAUGAAAUAAAGCUGGCUCUGUAGCCCCUC